AUGGUCGCAAUGGGGGACGAGCAGCAGGACCCAUGGCUACUGAAGCUGCGGUCUUCAGAGGGAUUUACCGUAAUCACUGUUUGCAUUGCUAUCUUUACUGAUGCUUUCAUAUAUGGCAUGAUCGUUCCAGUCAUCCCAGUCGCACUGGUGGAACGUGUUGGGGCGCGCCCGGAAGACGCCCAGUCACUGAUUUCGAUCUUGCUCGCUGUAUAUGGUGCCAGUCUUCUUACUGGAUCUCCUCUGUUCGGGUAUUUUGCGGACCAGUGCAAAUUAAGACGAGUACCCUUCGUGCUCGGGCUCAUUGCCCUACUUGUGUCUACAGUCCUUUUUAUUGUCGCACGCUCAUUCCCGGUUUUGGUCAUUGCUCGGAGUCUACAAGGGCUUUCGGCGGCGGCAGUAUGGGUUGUUGGCUUGGCGAUUAUCGCCGACACUGUACCGCAAGAGCGUGUCAGUGAAGUCAUGGGACAGACUACCAUCGGACUGACUUGGGGCUUCCUUUUCGGUCCUAUGAUCGGAGGUAUUGUUUAUGAGAAGUUUGGCUUUUACGCCACAUUCGCCAUCCCUGUUUUCUUGAUUAUUCUAGAUGUUGCUUUGCGAUUUGCUUUGAUUGAGCACUCCAGGAAAUCUACGGCCGGGGAGGUAAACCACAACCCUUCUGCUUCGCAGACCUAUGACACAUUCCGUUCUACGCGAGAAUUUCACGCUGCCAGUUCUGGCGACAGAGAACAGAGUGAAGAGCGAUCUCCGCUCUUGGGAUCAUCAAAUCCCCACGUUGAGAAUCCCUCGGCACCCAAGGCUACUAUUUUCCAUCUCCUCCGUUCUCCACGGAUGCCAGUCGCCCUGGUCGCCUCGUUGGUAAUGGCCCUGGUUUUCUCAGCAUUAGAGACGACCCUGCCUCUCUUCAUCAUGGAAACUUUUCAUUGGUCAUCUGGAGGAGCUGGCCUCAUCUUCAUCGCAAGCUCCGUCCCGAGCCUAGCAGGAGUCUACAUUGGCAAAGGUAUAGAGCGUGCAGGGAAUCGCAUCCCCGGUGUAUCCGCUCUCCUGGGGUGCGCCGCAGCGUGGAUUUUAAUGCGCCUAGUGACCGACAACACCAUCCCUCAAGUCGUAUUGCUGAUUUCGCUGCUGCUUCUGAUGGGACUGGGGAUAGUGGUUAUUGAAAUUAUCUCCAUGACGGAAGUUUCGCUGAUCAUCGACGACUACGAGACUCGGUUCCCGGGUAUUUUCGGCGACAAGAGCCCCGUUGCCCAGGCGUAUGCCAUGUUCAACAUGGCAUACGCCGGUGGUCAGCUUCUUGGGCCGAUCUUGGCUGGAGGGGUGCGUGUCCAGGCGGGAUGGGGCACCAUGACGCUGGUCCUUGGACUUGUCUGUGCGGUGACCGCUUUGCCUGUCGGGCUGUGGGGAGGACCCCCGCCUGUGUCGCCGGAGGUUGAGUCUGAUAAUCGAGUUUAA